AUGAGCAGUCUGCGAGAGUUCGUCAACAAGUAUGACGACGUGCUCUCACUAUCUCUAUUUGAGGCUUAUGAGACGGUCGCACAGAUACGCGAUGAUCUUGGAGAAAUCGAGGAAGACUAUCUGCAAGCUGAACGUGAUCUCACGGGCGAAGAGUGGAAAUAUCUGGAUCAAGAGGAUACAUUCUACCAGUUCGACAUUCAUAGCAUUAUCCCUGAAAGCUUCGAGAACGACGACAUUCACCCGCAAGAUCAACGACAGAGAACUCCCUUGUUCUUGUUUCCACCACCACCACCACCACCACCACCACCGCCGCCGCCCUUUCCCCCCCCUACAUAUCCGGCUCAAUCAUACAGACCAUAUGCGACUCAUAACCUACCUCCGCCACCUCCGCCACCUCCGCCUCCGCCUCCACCACCUGUGUUCCUUAAACUAGCGACUAAACAAUCUCCAAUCCUAUCGCAACGGGUAUACCCCACGAUAAUGACCGAAAUCGAUGACUUGACGGUGGACUUUGAUCAACAGAGAGAACAGCGAGCAGAUAAUAUCCACUGGGACGAAGAAGACGAGGCACUGUUUGAGGAGGACAUGGACGACGUAUCAGAGGCUAAGUCUUCAUCGUUCACGAAAAGACAUCUUGGAAUUUUACAUCAUGUUUUCACUGGCGAGACGAAAGCUUUGCCACUCAGAGUCAUGGGACCGCAUCAUCAUUACGAGCCGGCGGCGUUGGCCAGAAAAGAGUCGGAUGCGGGGAUAUUGCCCGAAGAUACUUCAGUACGCGUAACAGCGAUGCCACGGACGGAUGCUGAAAGUGAUGCUUCAUUCACAGAAAAUGAUCCCGCUACCAAAACCAAGAUCCGAGAGUGGUCACUCCAGUAUCUGAAGGACAGUGCUGUCGAGAAGUGUUCUUAUAGAAACGUCCUUGAGGAGUUUGGAGUUUCUGACCUAGUCGCUAGCGACUGGCAAGGAAUUGCAGAGGAGUACUGGGACCGCGAUAGUCUGAGCGAGACCGGAGACUUCGUUGAAAAUUACGAGCCUUCAAUCCAUGGCACGAGCCAUACCGUUCAUCCUCAGAAUGACGUAUCAAACAAUAAGCAGUGCUACACUGCUUUAUCGUCGCCACAGGAUACAUCAGAUUGUGAAAACCGCCAUCCCGAAAAACGUGGUCGCAAAUCCAUGUCGAUCGCGAUCAGUUUCUCGGAUUCGGAUUAUCCCUGGCUAAUUUCAUUACCGCCUUCGCCGCUUGUGAAUAGCGUAUCGGAGAGGACUCUAGAACCUGUUGUCCCAGAAGAUGGAGUGUCGCUCAACAGGAACGGCAAACCCAAAUCACCGAAUUCCAAUGAAUUCAAUACAAAUCACGGAGCCACCAAGAAACCAUCGGCUCCCUUCCUUGUUCGUCUUUUCAAUGAAUCAGAAAGGAAGGAUAGUGUCAUAAGUGAGCACCAGAAACAAGCUGGCCAAAAGGCUGACUUAGCACGCGUUCAGAACAUCCAAGAAACACAAUCGGGCUCCAAGAUCCACAAUCAUACGCUCCAUUUUGGGAAGUUGAAGCCUACAUCAAUAUCAAGUUGUAAAAAAAAGAAAGAGUUGCCAACCGAUAGGGCGUUCUCGGAGCCCUCCCUAUACAAGCCCAUCUCAAAUGUCCAUGAAGAGGCUACAUUCAGUGCCCCGCUAUCGGCCAUCAAUACAACGGGUUAUGAACCUCAGAAGGCCAAUAGACGAAUGCAGAUCCUCUCCAAGUCAGUGUCUGACCGCUGGAUAGAGACGAUGAGCCGGACAAGACGAAUAUGGGGGCUGUUUCCGAGGAACAAACUCAAGCGAAGUAGGACCACUCCUGGAUAUGAUUAA